ACAAGAAUGUUCAAAACAACUCUUCAAAUAUCUUCAACCCUUAUUCUCAGAAGACCAACCCACCUGACAACUAACAUUAACCCCCUUAUACGCACAUUCAGCGCAACCAUCAAAAUGAGCGAUAAUGGCCCCGUCACCGCGUACCCUGCAACCUCCAUCACCCCACAGAACCAAGAAGGUGGCCCAGGUCUCGAUGCAAAGACUGACCAAAAAGCCGAGUGGUCGCGUCUAGAGUUCUGGGACGAGAACCAGAAGCCGUAUCUCAAGGAGUACGAGGGCCGUGGCUUACUACAAGGCAAGGCUGCUCUGAUUACAGGCGGAGACUCUGGUAUCGGACGAGCAGUUGCAAUUCUAUUCGCAAGGGAAGGUGCAGAUGUAAGCAUUGUAUACCUACCUGAGGAAGAGGAGGAUGCACAAUACGUCAAGAAGAAGAUCGAAGAGGCAGGCCGGAAGGCGAACCUCAUGCAGCUCAACCUUCGGGAAAGGAAGAACUGCGAGCAGGCCGUUGAGCAGCACAUGAAGAUUUUCGGAAAGCUGAACGUACUGGUCAACAACGCCGCCAUGCAGGAAAUGUGUACAGACAUUACAGAGAUUGACCUCGAUGUAACGGAGAAGACCUUCCACACUAAUGUCAUCUCCAUGUUCGCCAUGUCCAAGUACGCACUCAAGCACAUGAAACGUGGUGACUGCAUUGUAAACAGUACCUCGGUCGCUGCCUACAUGUCCAAUCCUUCGCUUCUCGACUACGCCAGCACAAAGGGAGCCAUUGCGACUUUCACUCGAGGUCUCGCUCAACAACAAGCCCCCAAGGGUAUCCGUGUGAACGCCGUUGCCCCAGGAAUCAUCUGGACGCCUCUCCAACCCGCCACUAAGAACAACCCUGCAGAUGCCAUGGACAGCCUUGGCGUUGGCGCUUGUCCAUUGAACAGACCAGGUAUGCCCGUUGAGAUGGCCACAUGCUAUGUUCAUCUUGCCUCGCCACUCGGUUCUUACUGCACUGGCGAGGUACUUCACGGCUCUGGUGGUAUCGAGAUGCAGGGUUAAGCAAGAAGCGACAAGGUGGUGGUAAUAAUAACGGCGUCAGGACACGCUCAAGGAGUGAUAAUAGUUUAAAGACAUGAACUUGAUAUGAGCUAGCACUUCAUCACCUCAUAUAUAAGCGUAAUGCAUCUUUUCAAGUGGUCGU